GAGUUGAGAGUAAUAAUUUGAAUAAAUACGGUCGGGAAACAAAUAUACGGCGUUUGAGCAGAUGCUAGUUUGUGGAUAAGUGCGGUACGUAAACAUAGUUAAAUAUUAGUUUAAAGGCAAAGCGGUUGGUUGUGUUGGAGCAAUACAGACGCAUUCAGUUCUCGGACAGAGCAAGUCACGAUGAAGGUAAACUUCGGACAACGGGUGAUACUGAUUCUGGUUGUUUGCGCUUCAUUAUGGCUUGUGGCAUGGCACGGCAGUAGAAUGACCAUUUAUGGCAUCAAGAAGAACAUGUCUUCACAUGGUUACCUAUCUGAAUCCAAGAGAAGUAGACAAUGAGUCAGAGAAGCAUGGAAUGCGGUGUGUUGGAGGAGGGGCACACAUGGCAGAGGAUCUAUUCUGUAUGGACAGACCCAAAUAUCUGCCCAACUUUAAGAACCCCUGCUGGUACGCAAAAGAGAAUGGGAAGAUUCGUCUCAAGUGCGUCCCAUACUAUCAUAUUCUUGGAGUGGCCAAAUCGGGGACCACCGACCUCGCCUACCGCAUAAGGGCCCAUGAAGACGUCCUCGAGUGCAACGAUUGUCUUAGGGGAAAGGAAACGUUCUACUGGUGCCGUAGAAGAUAUGGUUAUAAUGUCAACAUGGAAAGUAUGACACAGUGCAACUUCAUUUGCUUUCAAGAAAAGUUUGCUAAAGCGGCACAACAGAUAGAAGAGACAACUACAGAAACAGGCUACCACAACAUGAUUACAGGGGACGCAACUCCGUCAGAUUUUUCCGAUUUCCGAGGUUGGCCAAAAAUACCCCAAAAUGCAGGAUUUGAGAAACCGGUGAUUAUGACACCCCAUCUUAUGAGACACGUGUAUACAGAUCCAAAGUUCAUCCUCAUCCUAAGAAAUCCAACUGACAGGUUAUAUUCUGACUACAUUAUGUUGGGUGGACGUUCAGCUGCAGAUUUCCAUAAGGCUGUGAGUGGAGAUAUUCGGAUCGAGGAGAACUGUAUGAAGAACCACACUGUGGAGCAAUGUCUGUACAGCCUGGACAUAGCACAAAGACUUCAGACACGUAUUUUCUUAGGGUGUUAUUCAGUGUUCAUGCGAGAAUGGCUGAAGGUUUUCCCCAGAGAGCAAUUCCUUAUAUUGCGAACUGAGGACCAUGAUCAAGAUCAAAAGGCUCAGCUAGCAAAAGUGUUCAACUAUCUGAAUCUGAAUUAUACCGAAGAGUCGAUGACUUCCAUUGCUAACGUGCCUCAUAAACGGGUCAGUAAGAAGAAGAUACUUAAGGGACAUAUGCUAGAAAAGACCCGUGCCUUGCUGGACAAUUUUUACAGCAGAUACAAGAAGGAUUUGGCAGAUAUACUACAGGACAAGAGAUUUCUGUGGUUGACAUAGCUUAUAUGUGGUUAUUAUAUCCUAAACAAUGAAGAUCAUAUGAAUAUACAUUCCAAAGAUAUAUGUGUAACAUAUUGUAUCAUAUAGGUGAAAUAAACACUUUCACCGAUA